AUGCAUUAUGUCAGCAUCUCACUGGCUCCAUCUGAUGACUUCCGGGCUACCCCUGUGGAGAAGGAAGAAGAAUCUUAUUGUCUCUGUGCGAACGGACGGAAAACAGUGUCUUGGGCUGUGACCCCAAAAUCUCUGGGUAAUGUGGAUUUCUCAGUGAGCGCUGAGGCCCUGAAGACAGAUCUGCCCUGCGGGAACGAGGUAGUGGAGACCCUGGACAAAGGGCGGAAGGACACGGUGAUCAAACAGCUGUUAGUGGAGCCUGAAGGGUUUGAGAAGGAAACGACCUACAACUUCCUGCUCUGUGCAGCUGGAAAGACAGCGCCGCAGCCAAUGUCCCUGAAGCUCCCAGAGAAUGUGGUGCAGGGCUCUGCCAGAGCCUAUUUCUCAGUGCUGGGCGAUAUCCUGGGCACAGCCAUGCAGAACCUGCAGCAGCUCCUCCAGAUGCCCUUCGGCUGUGGGGAGCAGAACAUGGUCCUGUUUGCCCCCAACAUCUACGUCCUGGACUAUCUGAAUAAGACGGGGCAGCUGAGCGAGGAGACCAAAUCCAAGGCCAUCGGAUACUUAGUCAGCGGUUACCAGACACAGCUGAAGUACAAACACUGGGACGGCUCCUACAGCACUUUUGGGCCAUGUUAUGGGCAAUCAGGGAACACCUGGCUGACGGCCUUCGUCCUCAAGUCCUUCGCGCAGGCCCGCUCUCACAUCUUCAUCGACGAGAAGCACAUCCAGAACGCCCUGGCCUGGCUCGCUGGCAAGCAGAAGGAAAACGGCUGCUUCCGCAGCUCCGGGACACUCCUGAACAAUGCCAUAAAGGGCGGGGUGGACGAUGAGGUCACGCUCUCUGCCUACAUCACCAUCGCACUGCUGGAGAUUCCUCUGCCCGUCACUCACUCUGUGGUCCGUAACGCUCUGUUCUGUCUGGAGACGGCCGCAGAGCAGGGAGGAAACCACGUGUACACCAGGGCGCUACUGGCCUACGCCUUUGCCCUGGUGGGGAAGGAGGAGAAGCGCAGGGCACUGCUGGACUAGAUUGACAAGGAAGCUGUGAAAGAGGAUGGCUCCAUUCACUGGCAGAGGCCUGGGAAGGAGCCGAAAGCCGAUCUCCCCUUCUGUCACCCCCGUGCUCCUUCUGCCGAGGUGGAGAUGACGUCCUACGUGCUCCUCACUUACCUCACCACUCAGCCGGCGCCAUCCCAAGAUGACCUGUCAUUAGCAGCUCAAAUUGCAAAGUGGAUCAGCAAGCAGCAGAAUCCCAAUGGGGGCUUCUCCUCCACCCAGGACACAGUGGUGGCACUCCAGGCACUGUCCCGAUAUGGAGUCUCCACCUAUGCCAAGAGCGGAGGAGCAUCCACAGUGACCCUGCAAUCCACAGGGAACUUCCAGGCCCAGUUCCAGGUGGAUCACAAGAACCGUCUGCUGCUCCAGCGUGUGGCACUGCCAGGUAGCAUGGGGGUGACAGGAGAAGGAUGUGUCUACGUGCAGACCAGCCUGAGGUACAAUGUGCUCCCCAAGCCGGGCGAGGCGCCAUUCGCGCUGGAGGUGCACACAGUCCCCAAGACAUGUGACAGCGCCAGGGCUCAAAGGACCUUUAACAUCGCCAUAAACAUCAGCUACACAGGGAAACGCCCCGUCUCCAACAUGGUCAUCGUUGACGUUAAGAUGCUGUCAGGAUUCGUACCUAUGAAGUCAUCAGUGAGGAUGCUGGAAGGACAUCACCACAUCCACCGCACAGAACUGAGCACCAACCAUGUGCUGCUCUACAUGGAGCAGGUGAGCAACGUGACUCAGAGCUUCUCCUUCGCGGUGGAGCAGGACUUCCCCGUGCAGAGCCUGAAGCCGGCACUAGUGAAAGUCUACGAUUACUACGAAACGGAUGAAUUUGCCAUCGCUGAGUACAGCGCCCCCUGCAGCAAAGUGGGAGCCGAGCAGAGCAACGUGUGAGGGAUGGAGUCGUGUUCCGAGCCUCCCGCGUCCCACCUGCUUAGCCCCUGUGCAGGCUGAGGUGGAUGGAUGGAGCGACAGAAAGAAAACAGCAGCAAGAGGGAAACAAAUAUUACUAAUAAAUGAAUUCACCAACCUGA